AUGCGUAUCGUCUCGAUGAUGGGCGGCGUCGGAGGAAGCCGAAAGAUUCCGUGGUGGGGCGGGCGAGGGCGUGGAGGAGGCGAGGCGAAGAAAGGACUUUUAGCUAGGUGGCAUUCGCUUGGACAUUGUCUUCGACGCCUUAUAGGGCGCAUAAAGGCGAGUUUCUUCGUGCCCAAUACUCUCUGUAUAGGUGACGAUCUCUCAUCGCAUAAUGUUUAA